AUGAAAGCUGUGACUGUUCAAAAAGGAAAGAAAGUUACGAUUGAAGAUGUUCCCGUUCCUGCUCUUGAACCAAAUGAAGUCCUCAUUCGCGUUCACUCCGUGGCUCAGAAUCCCACAGAUUGGAAACACACCGAUUUUGUUAGCCCUGUUGGCAAUAUUAUUGGAUGUGAUUUUUCUGGAACAGUCGUGAAAUUGGGAUCUGAUUCGAUAAAUAGAGUCAAAGUGGGGGACACCGUUGCGGGGUUUGUACACGGAGGAAACUACAAGGACCGUGGUGCAUUUGCUCAGUAUACUAGAGCUGACUCGGACCUGGUAUGGAAGUUCUCCCCGAGCGUGCUAUCAUUUGAGGAAGCAGCCACUAUGAAUUGCGCACUCUGGACAAGUGUUCAAGCGUUUUAUCAUCGCAUGCACCUUGAUGAGCCCUUCUCAGCUUCUUCAAACAAUGACUGGAUCUUAAUAUAUGGCGGCAGCACUUCGCUUGGUCUUUUUUCGAUUCAGCUGGCUAAACUCUCGGGAUAUAAAGUUGUUACUACUACUUCCCCCAAGAAUUUCGAUUUUUUAAAAUCACUUGGCGCGGACACAGUGAUCAAUUAUAGGGACGCCGAUGUUGUCGCCCAAAUCCAGAGGGCCACUGGAAAUUCGCUGAAAUUUGCGUUUGAUACCAUCAGCGAAGAGAAUACACAGAUCACAUGCGUAAAGUCACUUACUCCCGCCCCAGAGGGUACUACCCCAGGCAAAGUUGUAGUUGUACUUUCGCCCAACAAAGAGGCAGAAGCGUUGCGGAAAGAUGUUGUCAUCCAGGGUACUCUGCUGUAUACUGCCCUUGGUCGUCCCUUUGAGUGGCCUAAAAUCCAGUUCCCUGCUUCACCAGAAGACCGAGCUCACAUGGCUUCUUGGAUGCCUAAGCUCGAAGAGCUUGCAGCCAAAGGUCAGAUCAAACCAAACCCGGUAAGGCUGUGGCCCGGAGGGCUGGAGGCUGUGAACGAAGGCUUCCAGUAUAUGCGUGAGGGCAAGGUCAGCGCCGAGAAGAUUGUAUACAACAUUGGUUAG